AUGAGAUUACUUUGUAUAAAUCUAUCAAUUCUUUGUGCUUAUUGUCUACAACGGGAAUCUCCGACAAAGAGAAAUCUCAAGGGAGCCAAUAAGCCCAAACCGAUGUCACCGGAUGAGUGGUUGCGUAAAUUGGAAGCCGGUGGACAAGAUGAGGACGACGAUCGAGAAGAAGAACCACUUCGAAUCGGAAGUCAAAGGAAAAGACCGAAAAAAUGUGGGCUU